AUGAAAUUCAUAUCGACUAUUGUGUUGUUGCUAUUGUCGGUGACAGUCAGUGCGGUAGUCAUUGAUCGUCCGUCUGCCAGCGAAUCAGAACCUGUAAAAGAAUGUUCAACACACAUGCAGCAACACACUGGUAUUUGCGCUUCAACUGGAACAGAGCAACAAUCAACUGAAACCAAUCAUGAUGUAGCUCAGUCGACUAUAGAUCCUGAUGAUUCAGACAGUUCUGUUGAACAGUCCAAUGAAUCAUCGUCAUCCUCUCAGUCCAAACAGUCAGAUGAUGAUAUAUUUGGCAACACACUAUAUGACGACGUCUGCCAUCUCCCUAAAAACUAUAUCCCAGAGAACAAACGGUCCAUUCUCACACCUCAGCAAAGGCUGGAUAGAGUCGAAAAAAGAAUGAGGAAUAUGGGUAUAAAGACUCCAGCCAAUGUCAAAAACGAAUAUAUACACAAGAUGAGCCCCAAGGCAAGAAAAAAAAUGCUCAAGGCUAAACAAAAGGAGCGUAGAAUGAGCUCAUCUGAUAAAAAAAAUCCGGCGAUACUGAAAGCAAAAAAAAUAUGGAUGCGUUGCAAGUUGGCUUUUGGGUUUCCCAAAAAAACGUCAGUCAGAGUUGUAUCUGAACCUACUCCAAAAUUAAAAUCCAUCUUGAAACCCGGAUCUACUUCUAAACCUCACAGCUCAAAGCAUGGUCAUUCUAAAAAACAUCAGCAAAAGUCAAGUCACGAUGCUGGUUCAAGGGAAGCUAAAGUACACUUUAACCCCGAGACUCAAUUUUUUGAAUAUCCAUGUGAAUCUAGCACGGAUGAUGAUGACGAUGAAAUUCAAUCUAUCCAAUCAGCAAGCGAUGAGGAUGAAAUUCAAUCUAGUCCAUCAACAAGCAAUGAUAAUAAGGGUCGAUUCACUCGAAAGUUCAAACUCGGAUUCAAAAUUAACAAACUUGAAAUACCAAAACUAAAAGUGCAUAGUAAAUCAAUGUUUGGACAAUAA